GACUUGGAAGAUAUGGGCAACCUGUUGCUUUUCCGUCAGGAUGAACUGAUCCAUAAAUUUGUGUUGCCCAAGACUUGUGGUUCUAGUUCUAUCUGUUCGUGUCCAGAUGGCUCCCUCUAUGUAUGUGGAUACGACAGUCCCACUGUCCAUUUAUUGAACAGAAAUGGGAAACCCAUUCAGGUCCUGCGUUGUUGGGAUAAAGAUUUUUUUCUUCCGGACUGUUUGACUAUGACACGGUCUGGCUCUGUGGCAGUCACUGACCUUUCCAAAGGGCUAGUGCGCAUUUAUAACCCCAACUCACAGCCCUCUUGGGUGAGAGUUGGAGGGAAUUUUGACUCCCCACAGGGCAUAGCAAUGGAUUCCUCUGGACGUCUCUUAGUUGCAGAAUAUUCUUCUGGAACAGUACUAGCAUUUCAUGUAGACAGAGCUUAUCGUAUCCACAAAGCUCAGAAAGCCACCGGCUUGAAGGGGCCAACCUAUAUCUGUACCACUCCAGACGGCGGCUUUGCGGUGAGUGAGGAAUGCGGAGAUGUCAAGCUAUUUACAAGCAAUCUAAAACUUGCUUACUCUCUGUCAAAAACUUACCAGCACAGCUUUGGGAACCCGGUAGGAAUAUGUGCAGACCCAGAAGGCAAUAUCAUGGUUGUUGAUCAACAACACAGAAAUGUCACCCUUUUCCCUUUAAGUGGGUCACCUGUCUGUGUGGUAUCAAAGGGCCUGAGUAGGCCAACUGGCAUAGCUUGUUCUCCUCUUGGACAAUUAUUUGUUAUUGAUUCUGCUGACAAUUCAGUGAAAGUUUAUAAGUACCGAGUUCGUCCUUAUUAUAAUUCAACCAGCCCCAGGAGGUCAGUGGACAAACCCUAGCAAACACUGUAUAAACUAUAGAAAAACAGCUUUGAGAAAGUUAAUGGUCUUACAGGAGUAAGACCAUUAACUUUCUCAAAGCUGUUUUUCUAUAGUUACAGCAGCGUUAAA